AGGGCGUGGCCGACGCGGUGACGGUUGGAGGGGGGGAAAGCAGAGAGGGAGGCAGGCCGUCCGCCCGCCCUCUCCACAUCACGGAAACUGUGGGAGAGGAGAGUUUGUGACCUGAAAGGUGCCAACUGCCAAAAGCUUGAACUCCAUUGGGAAUCAUAAGUCAAGUGAGGAUGUUUCACUUCAGAAUACUGCCUGCCAUGGCAGUUCUUGGCAACUUCUCCAGACAUUACUAUAGGGUAGUGGCACCAAACAAGCAUCGGCGCAAACUGAUGAUGAUAACAUUUACCGGAGUCACAACUGUUUCGGUGACAGCAAGUUUGUUAUGGAAAAGAGCACAUGCAGAGGGUGCUAACUCAGUGAAACGCACACCCAGAGAUGACUGUUUAGGAGUUAAGGAGGAUCAAGGUGAUGAGAAAGCUGUGAAGUCACAGGAAGAGGAGGGACAGGCUGAAAAGAAGAAGAAGCGGAGGGGCUUUAGAGAUCGAAAGGUCAUGGAAUAUGAGAACCGAAUUCGUGCUUACUCCACUCCAGACAAAAUCUUCCGAUAUUUUGCCACACUGAAGAUCAUCAAUGAGAAUGGAGAUUCCGAAGUGUUCAUGACACCCCAAGAUUUUGUGCGAUCAAUCACGCCAAAUGAAAAGCAACCAGAGAAUCAGGGUUUGGACCAAUUUAUAGUGAAACGAUAUGAUGGAAAGCAGUCCUGUUUUUUUUCACCUACAGGUGGAUUGCAAUUUAAUUGCAGUUUAACUUUAACCCUACAGGAUUUCUGGCAGAAGCUUGCCCAUGGACGAGAGAAGUUUGCUGAUGAGGACAGCAUAUUUUACACACUGGGCGAGUGCGGACUGAUUUCCUUCUCCGAUUACAUUUUUCUCACCACUGUUCUGUCCACUCCACACAGGAAUUUUGAAAUUGCCUUUAAAAUGUUUGACCUGAAUGGUGAUGGUGAGGUUGAUCUGGAGGAAUUUGAACAGGUUCAAAGUAUUAUUCGAUCACAGACUAGUAUAGGCAUGCGUCAUCGAGAUCGCUCAACAACAGGGAAUACGCUGAAAUCGGGAGUUAGCUCAGCACUCACCACUUACUUCUUUGGUGCAGAUUUAAAGGGAAAACUAACUAUUAAACAUUUCUUGGAGUUCCAGCGUAAACUGCAACAGGAUGUUCUCAGAUUGGAGUUUGAUAGACAUGACCCAGUAAAUGGACGAAUCUCAGAGCGUCAGUUUGGCAGCAUGUUGUUGGCAUACAGUGGCGUUCAGUCUAAGAAACUCACAGCAAUGUUGAAAAGUAUCAAAAAGCAAUUCAAAAAUGCAGAGGGCAUCACCUUUGAGGAGGUAGAAAACUUCUUCACCUUUCUGAAGAAUAUUAAUGAUGUGGACACUGCACUGAGCUUCUACCACAUGGCUGGGGCCUCAAUUGAUAAAGCAACCAUGAAGCAGGUCGCCAGGACAGUGGCACAUGUGGAACUUUCCGAUCACGUUUGUGAUGUUGUUUUUGCUUUGUUUGAUAGCGACGGAAACGGGGAGCUGAGCAACAGGGAGUUCAUUUCCAUUAUGAAACAACGACUGAUGCGUGGACUGGAAAAACCAAAGGAUACCGGCUUCACACGGCUUAUGCGUGCAAUGUGGAAGUGUGCACAGGAAACUGCCUGGGACUUGCCUUAUCUAUCCAAGUAGUGAGAUACAGGAAUAGCUCAGCUACUCAGAAGCAGCUGUAGCACAGAUUGCUCGAAGAAUUGUCAAGAGGACUGAACUAGAAUGCCUUAACUCAUGGGAUAUAAAGAUGCAGAUUUUAUUUCCAGUUAUGUUAUGAUUUAUUUUUAAAUAUGAGACCGUUUGCAUGUCAGAUCCAAUGGCAGGUUUCAAUGGAGAAAUGUGCUCUGACGCAUCAGUAGAUUGAAGAGGCUUCUUAUUAAUCUGGUCAGCUUGUUUCUAUCUGUGAGAGACCAGUACUGGAAACAGUUAACGCCAUUGUUCAUUUAUGCUUGAACACCAUAGAGAUUGCAAGUAUCUUGGAAGGAUUUCUCCGAUGCUUUGGAGUUGCUCCGAGUGGACUCAGAUACAGACCCACUGACUACCUGUACAGUGGCCACAGUGACUCUUGUAAGUUAUGUUUCAGUGUGAGCCUAAUUUGCACUCUGUGUUCCCAACAACUACCCUGAGCAACAGUACUGGUCAGGUUCAAGGUGUUGCUGAACACAGCCCAGGUUGCUUCUCUCACAACGUGGGGAAGAAACUGACAGUGAAUUCUCCUGAAGGAGCUCUACUAAUCUGACUUGGUGACCCUAUGAUGCUUUGGUCCCUGACUGGGGGUAUUUAUAAGGAGGGGAGGGUGUUCAUCAAUCUCCCUCCCCAGCUUCUGAUAUCAGCUGUAAUUUAAUGUAUUAAAACACAUCCAACACAAUUGACCACAAAACAGAAAGGAAGGAUUUGCGAUCAAAAGAGUGAGUUUCUGCAGUGCAGCUAGUUGCAAUGCAUUAGGACAACACCUCCAGUAAUAGAGCAACACUGGGUCACAGCAUUGAAUUGUCAGUGGCUUGAAAUCAGUUCUCAACCUGAAGCAAACUGACAACUGAGAGAAGCUGUGGGCCUGGUAUUGCAUAUCAUUUUGUGUGUCAAUACUGGACUGUCAUGUACAGUGUGACAGGGUUUCACCCAAACCAGUGCUCACUAAAUUUCUGCUAAUUGUACAUCACAUUCAGUCACUUGAAUCCUGUUGAGUAUAGUUUGUGGUGUCAACGUUAGAAUAGACAAACUUGCUCUUGCGAUUACAACAGCUUCCUCUCUAAACCAUUUUCCCAUGUCCUUUUCCCCCCCAAGUGGCCUGCAUUUCAAUAAGACUUGCUCUCUUCUGGUACAGCCUCCCCUUUGAGAUACUAAUGUUUCAAAUAUGUUAUUGUACAGAUAAGAUUGGAAAUUAUCUUUUCCAUUUGUGUUGAUUUGUAUUUGGUAUUGUUUAAGGCCAUAAUCAUCAUCUCUUCCUUCAGAUCCUAGAAAACAGGCUGGUAAUUCAAAUUCAAAUUCUAAUUCUGAUUUGAUGCUUGUUAUGGAUUUGAGUAUUUCCCAUUACUGUUCAAGCACUGUCUUUAAACUUCCCACUGCUCCUCUUAUUUAAAUGUUCAUACAUCACACAUCAGUGGGCAAACCUUUAAUGCAAUUUCAUGGUUCUCCUCUGCUGUUUCACUGAGUGAGCAAAGAAAGUAUUCAGCACCAAUGUUCGGUAUAGUUUAGAUUUGCUCUUGCGCUAGGCGUGAGUUCUUUUCAGAAUGGUUAUUUAGUAAAAAUGAAUGUAAAAAAUCUGAAAUAAAUGUUUCCCUAGAGAUGAUG